GAGCAUGGAAAAUUGCUUCAAUAUAUUCCAAGAAAUGAGGAACUUCUAACAUUAAAUUUAAUCUCCUGUAUAUUAAGAAAGGAAGCUACAUUUGUGGACUACUUUAGAUUCUCCCGUUUCUGUUUCCUUUAUUACAUAUCAUCUGAAGAAACCCCUAUUACCCAAUUAAAAAAAAACACCAAAGAAAAAUCGCAAAAGAAAAAAGGAAAAAACAAACAAAAAGUAUUAAAGGGUAAUGAAUCUAUCUGAAGAUGUAACUUACGAGAUUUUGUCAAGAUUGCCUGUAACUUCUUUGAUUAGGUUCAAGUGCAUUUGCAGAUUCUGGUAUUUUCUCAUCAAGAACCCUAAUUUCAUCUCAAAGCAUUUGCACAAGCUAGGCAGUAAAAAACAUUUUCUCCGUUUGUUAAUUAGUCGCCGCGGUAAUAUUACAAAUAAAAGGAUCCUCUCAUUGUCAGAAAAUGACACAUUUGAUGUGUUCAUCAAUCAAGAUUUUCCACCAUACUUCAAUGACAAAUUCGGUCAUGUAAGACUUAUAGGUCCAUGUAACGGCAUUGUUUGUUUAUGUGGUUAUCCAGAUAAUAUUGUUCUAUGGAAUCCAUCUAUCAGGGACUAUAAAAUAUUGCCUCAAUCACAUAUCCAACGUCUCGUUGGAUCAACAGUACGUGGGACUGAUUUUGGAUUAGGGUUUGAUUCGAAGAAAAACGAUUAUAAGGUAAUACAAAUUUUGUUUUGCGUCUCGAUUGAUCGUGUUGUUGUUUAUCAAGUUGAGAUAUACUCUUUGAGUACAAAUUCUUGGAGGAAGUAUAAUGGGAUUGUGCCAGCUAAAAUAAAGUAUGGUAAUACCUCAUGGAGUAUGGUAUAUAAAAAUGAGAAUUUCUGUUGGUUAGCUCAAGAUGGUGAAAACCAUGAGGUGAUACUUUCAUUUAACAUGAGUGAAGGGAUUUUUCGAAAUACAAAAUUGCCAUUAAAUAUUGGAACUUUUGGAGAGCGAGAAAUCAGGAGUGUUUGGGUGAUUGUACCAUUUGACGAAUCAAUUUCACUUAUUGUUUAUUGUUUGAAAGAAUUGGAAAAGUACUUUGAUAUAUGGGUGAUAAGUGAAUUGGGAACUAAAAGUUUUUGGACUAAAUCGCAAAGAAUUGGUCCUCUUUCUAGGGUGGAGAGGCCUUUAGGGUUUUGGAAAAACGGUGAGUUCAUUUUGGAAAAUAACUCUGGACAAUUGGUGAUUUAUGAUCUUUCAAAUCAAGAAGUGAAGACACUUGAAUUUUAUGGGAAAAGAGGCAGGCUGGAAAUAGUUGUUUAUAAGGAGAGUUUAAUUUCAGUGAAUUGAUUACUCUAGCUAAGUGAAAAAUAGUGGAGAGAAUUAAGGUCUAGAAUCAAUGAGUUUAGAAUGAAUGUCGUCUUAAUUAUGUAUAUAUUUUAUAUUUUUCGUUUCUGGGGCAUGUGUACAUUAUUCAAGCCAAAAGCAAUGAUUAAUUAAUUGAACUUACUGUUCCUA